CUCGUUUCGUUGUCUGCUUUCGUUGAUUUUUUGGCUCAUUUGUUGUUCUUCUACAAGAAACAAUCGUAGAACUUUGGGGAGCAGUGAAUAUCGUCUAAUACCCCUAUCGUUUAUAUCAAGUCUUCUCCGUCUUCACCUAGAAGGACGAGCGGGUUGACUACAUCAGAUUAAGAGUGCCCCGAAGCGUUGGUGCAUUGCUAUUUCGUCCAUACUAGAGUAGUACAGUGACGCUGGAGCAUCAUGGACGUCUCAAAUAUCAGCCUCCCUUCUCCUUCUCUUAUAUCCACCAUUCGAACUGUCCCUUCUCUCAUCGUGCUGCUUCUCUCCUUGCUCUUCUCGAUUCCGCCUUUUAAGCAACUCGGCAACCGACUUGCUCUCGUUUCCUCCGACUUUGUCACCCUUCGCUCCCUCGUACCUCCUGAACCAGCUACGGCUGCGCAAAAAGCAGACGAACAAGCUCGUCGGCCUAGAGCAUGGAAAGAAUCUGUCCUGGCGGCACUUUCUCUUGCAGAAGCUGCUGCAUGGACCGGUAUCACUGGAUGGAAGACCCUUCAACUUGUUGAUAAAAAUGGCGUGACUUUGAGAGACGCACUGCUCUCUGUUGGCAUGGUGGUGGUAUGGCUUGGGAUCUUUUCGACUUUUGCCUUUCGGCCUCUCACCACCCCUCCAUGGUCAGUUCUCAUUGCCGCCAUCCUUCUGUUUGUGGUAUCAGCAUGGACAGUUGGACAGGCGUGGUACAUUCAGACGAUUACUGGCUUUCUUCCUUCCUGGGCGAGCUCGGGCAGAAUUGCGCUCGAACUUGUGAACGCUGGAGCCACGGCUGGGAUUAUCCUCGUGCUGGGGAGCCUCAAACUAGCGUCUCCAGAGGUCCUUUCGCGACUGCCCCAAGUUGCGCCCGAUGAUAACGUGACUCUCUUCUCUUGGGUGACUUUCAGCUGGGUCGACUCGUUUAUCCGCUAUGGCAACUCCCAAGAGCUGGAGCCCGAGGACCUUCCUCCGCUUUCCAUGACCCAGCAGACGGCAAUCGUUUUUGAAAAGUUCAGGCAGGUCACGACCAGCAAGCUCGUCAACAAACUUUUCGUUGUCAACAAGUUGGAUAUGGCUUUGGAUGCUAGUCUGACCUUGGUCUCGGUCAUCCUCAACUAUGCUGGGCCAUUUUUUCUGAACAGGAUUCUUGAGGGUUUGGAUAUCAGGUCUCGAGAAGCCAUGUCCCGAGCAUACGUCUUUGCUCUUUUCGCGCUUUUCGCUUCCAUCUCCAAGGCACUUGUCGACCUUCUCCACCUUUGGCAUAGUCGUCGAGCCGCCGUCCGAAUCAAGGCCGAGCUCACUGCCGCUGUCUACGACAAGGCCCUUCGACGCAAGGAUGCUUCGGGUAUUGUUUCGAAGACCGGAGCGGAGGGCAAGGAAAAGGAUGGCAAGCAGGAAAAAAUGUCCAAUGCUGACAGUGGCAAGGUCGUCAACCUCAUGUCUGGUGAUACAACCAGGAUUGCCAAUACUGUCAGUGGUGCGUACUUUAUCUACAGCGCUCCUUUCGAAAUCGUCGUUGCCUCCAUCUUCCUUUACAACAUUCUCGGAUGGUCAGCGUUUGCCGGUAUUUUGGUGUUGGUGGUAGCGGCUCCUCUCAACUCCCUCGUUUCCAGCCGCAGUGUGAAGAUCACUCAAGACCUACUCAAGGCUCGAGACAAGCGAAUUGGGGUUAUGAACGAACUCAUCGGCGCCAUCCAAUUCAUCAAGUUCUUUGCUUGGAUCGAACAGUGGAAAGGUCGGGCCGCCGAAGCUCGUUCUAAUGAAAUGAAGCAGAUGAUUCGAUCUCUUAUUAACAACGUCUGGUUCGCAUUGCUUUGGUCUCUUGCUCCUAUUUUGGUCACCCUCGUUUCAUUCUUCUGCUACAUCAUCAUCGAGAAGCGAGACCUUACUGUUUCAGUGGCUUUCACCGCAAUCUCUCUUUUCACAAUGCUUCGUCUUCCACUUAACAUUAUUCCCUCUUAUAUCGUGGUAAUAUUGCAGUCCUUGGUGUCUAUUCAGCGUAUUGAGGACUUCCUGGCUGAAGACGAAGUUCCUGAUUGGGUUUCCUCCCUCAAGCGCUCUGGAACUCAGAAUGACGAAGCCACCAAGAUUGGCUUUGAGAAUGCAUCUUUCAGGUGGAAUACUGGCCAGCAGUCUUCAUCGUCAGAAACCAUCGAACCUAGCAAAGGGAAGCAACCUUCUUUCGAACCUGGUCCACUCGAUGAUAGUGUCCUCACCGACGGCAGCACUGUCGUCGAAGACACCUUUUUCACUUUGUCAGACCUCAAUAUUAAUUUCCCUAUCGGCAAGCUUUCUGUCGUCACCGGUCCUACGGGUUCUGGAAAGACCGCACUUCUCAUUGCUUUGCUCGGCGAGAUGGAACUCCUUAAUGGCCGAUCUUAUUUGCCCAAGAACACUACCCAGGUAGACUCUUCGUCUGGUCUCAGAAACUCGAUCGCAUAUGCCGCACAGACUCCAUGGUUGCAGCAGACUUCGAUCAAGAACAAUAUCCUGUUCGGUGAACCAUUCGAUGAGGAGCGAUAUGAGAUGGUUUUGGAAGCCUGUGCCCUGAACCCCGAUUUGGAUGUUCUUGAAGAUGGCGAUAUGACCGAGAUUGGGGCUAAGGGAGUUUCUUUAAGUGGCGGUCAAAAAGCUCGUGUUGCCCUUGCUCGAGCAGUCUACUCUUACACCCAACAUCUUCUGCUUGAUGACCCUCUUGCUGCUGUCGACUCUCACACUGCCAGGCACUUAACCGACAAAUGUCUCAACGGGCCCAUUUUGAAGGGCCGUACAGUUGUGCUUAUCUCCCACCACGUUGAAUUGCUCCUCCCUUCAACCGAUUAUCUCGUCCGAAUUCUCGAUGGUCGCGUCGACAUUCAAGGAACCUGUCAAGAGUUGCGAGAAAGAGGCGAUCUCGAUGGAAUGGUGGCUUUGGAAGAAGCCGAGCUCCGCAAGGACGUAGGUAAGGGCAAAGGAAAAUCUCAGGAAGAGGAGGUGGUGGAAGGCGAAGAUGCAGAUGUUCAAGAAACCAAGAAAGAGAAGAGGAAGGGUCCUGGAAAAAAGCUCAUUCAAGAUGAAGAGCGCGCCAUCGGCAAUGUCAAGUGGGAAACUUACAAGCUGUACAUUGUGGCAGCUACCUACACCACAUGGGCGUGGACUGUCUUUGUAUUGAUCUUAUCGCAACUCUGCACUGUCGCGGAAAGGUACUGGCUUAAGGUCUGGGGUGAAGCGUACUCAAAACAACGUGUCACGACCCUCUUUACCAUGUUUAAGCCUGCUAUCCACGAUUUGACCAACCAUUACUUUGACAACGAUCUUCACCAGCAUGUGUUGCAGCACAGUGUUCCCAAGAACGUAACUUUCGCUGCUAGUGAACUUGUCUCUGUCGACAUUUCUGGAAUCACAUCUCGUUUCCCCUCUGCUGAAACGGACCCUACUUUCUACCUCGCUGUGUACACUGCCAUUGUUCUUGGAGCGGCUAUGUUGGGUGUUGCCUCCAGCGGUAUUGGAGCCUGGAGUUCUUACAAGGCCGCUGUCACCAUUCACGACCGUCUUUUGGACAGGAUCAUGCGAGCCACUGUGCGAUUCUUCAGCGUCACUCCGCUCGGACGUAUCAUCAACCGUUUCUCUCGAGAUGUCGAGGUUAUUGACUCUAGUCUUAACGGUGCUCUUCGUACAGUGUUGAUUUAUGUCUCCAGUUUGAUUGCUGCCAUUGGUGUGGUCGGUUUCAUCGUCCCGUGGUUUUUAGUUCCCGCUGCUGUCAUCAGUUACCUAUAUUACCAGUAUUCUGUUCUUUACCUUCGAGUUGGCCGAAGUUUGAGGAGGUUGGAAGCCACUCUUCGAUCGCCCAUUUUCUCCGGCUUCGCCGAAUUGCUUGAUGGUGUUAUUUCUGUCCGAGCUUUCUCUGCAGAAGCGCGAUUCAUGGAACAAUUGUGUAAACAGGUUGACCAAACAAACCAAGCAUUCUAUUACUACUGGAUGAUGAACCGCUGGCUCCUCCUCCGAUUCGACGUCCUUGGUGCGAUUUCUGUUGCGUUGACGACUUUGCUGGCUCUCAGCGGAGCCGUUCCUGCAGGUUCCGCCGGUAUGGCGAUCGUCUCAGCUCAGUCAUUCGUCUCCGCUUGUUACUGGGUUUCUCGAUUCUGGGGUCAGCUUGAGAUGGACUUCAACUCUGUAGAGCGUGUGCAGGAGUAUUUGUCUGUUCCUCAGGAGCCUCCUGCUGUCAUCGCCAGUAAUCGGCCGCCUGCAUACUGGCCGGCCAACACAGGUGCUCCUGACUUCCUCAGCGUCCGGGACGUCGAAAUCAAAUACGCCCCCGAUCUUCCUACUGUUUUCAAGGGAUCAUUUGACGUCAAGGCGGGGGAAAAGGUUGGUUUGAUUGGUCGUACAGGAAGUGGAAAGUCGACUUUGGGUAUGAGCUUGUUGAGAUUCACCGACCCCACUUCUGGAAGUAUCUUCUUGGAUGGAAUUGAUAUCACAAAGAUUGGUGUUGAUGACCUGCGCUCCCGCAUUACCUACAUUCCUCAAGAUGCCGUCUUAUUCUCUGGUACUGUUCGGGAGAACCUCGAUCCUUUCACCGAACAUACCGAUGCGGAACUCUACGACGCGCUUGCCAGAGUGAAUCUUGGACCUCAAGGGACCACCCCUUUGGCUAGCCGUGCUCCUAGUCGUGUCGCUUCCAGUCGUCGUCUCGAUGCGAUCGUUGCCGAGGAGUCAACAGCACAGUCAUCUGCAUCAUCCGCCUUUGGUUCUGCUUUUAGUUCAGCCAAUGCCAGAACAACCAUUACCCUCGCUACAGAAGUAUCGGCCGGUGGGAGUAAUUUCUCACAAGGGCAACGACAGUUGGUCGCUAUGGCAAGGGCUUUGUUGAGGAGGUCCAACCUGAUUAUCAUGGAUGAAGCCACUGCAUCUGUGGACUUUGCGACCGACGAAGCCAUUCAAACAGCGAUCCGUUCAGAGUUCAGGGAUUCAACACUGUUGACUAUUGCGCACAGGUUGUCUUCCGUCAUAGAUUAUGACAGGCUUCUUGUUCUUUCAGACGGGGCCGUUGCUGAGUUUGAUACCCCAAUUAAUCUCCUUCGCAAGGAUGGCUCUCUUUUCAAAUCUCUCUGCGAAAAGUCAGGGAAAUACAAAGAGCUUUUCAGAGCUGCUGAGAAGAAGGAGCAAGACGAUCAGAAAAAUAAAAGUGACAGCGGCUAAAUCUUUUUCGAGCUCUUUCCCUUCACUCGUCCUUCGUAGCAAAAAAUCCAGCUUGAAUUAACAAUUCUCUUCCUCAACUCGUCGAAUUAGUAAUUACUUUAAUUAAAACAAAACCUUCUGUAUUUACAUCAUACGUCAUCAUUCGUUACUGAGCGGCAGUGCCAUCCAAAAAUUGUAAUAAAAAUUCGUGAAAAAUGCAAAAGUGAA